GAGACCCAUCAUGGGACCGUGUAACCCGCCUCUUUAACAGCAGUGUUUUGGGUCACCUAUGCUGGCAGUAUGGCGGUAGAAACCAUCGCACCUGACUGGGAGUUUGACCGUUUUGACGACGGUUCCCAAAAAAUACACACAGACGUUCAACUGAAGAACUACAGCAAGUUCCUGGAGGAGUACACCUCUCAGCUGAGGGGUAUCGAGGAGGCUCUGGAUGACUCCAUCGGAGACGUGUGGGACUUCACACUGGACCCCAUCGCCCUGAAGCUUCUCCCAUACGAGCAGUCGUCCUUAUUGGAGUUAAUUAAAACAGACAACAAGGUUCUGAACAAAGUCAUCACUGUUUAUGCUGCUCUCUGUAGUGAAGUGAAGAAGCUCAAGUAUGAGGCAGAAACCAAGUUCUACAAUGGCUUAUUGUACUAUGGAGAGGGAGUGUCUGACACCAGCGUUGUUGAAGGAGAGUCCCAGAUUCAAAUGGGCCGAUUUAUCUCAUUCCUUCAGGAACUCUCCUGUUUUGUGUCAAGAUGUUAUGAAGUGGUGGUCAACAUUGUUCAUCAGCUGGCUGCCCUCUACAACAGCAACAAGGGUACAACAAAAAUCAUUGAGUCGUCAGGUGUCCAUUUCCAGACCGUGUACGAACACCUCGGGGAGUUGUUGGUGGUUCUGCUCACACUCGAUGAGAUAAUGGAAAAUCACGGCACACUGAAAGAUCACUGGAAGAUGUAUAAAAGGUUGUUGAAAUCUGUGCACCAUAACCCGGGGAAAUUCUCCAUUCCUGAAGAGAAGCUGAAACCAUUUGAGAAGCUGCUGCUGAAGCUUGAGGGGCAGAUGCUGGAUGGCAUGAUAUUGCAGGCCUGUGUGGAGCAGAGAUUCGAUGAUCCCGGGGAAGGAGUAGCUGUCUCCAAAAACAGUGCCUUUGCCGAGGAGUUUGCCUUCAACAUUCGCACCAUUUUCACCAAUGUUGAGUCCAAAAUUGGUGAACCUUCAGAGAUUGACCAGAGGGAUAAGUAUGCCAGCGUCUGUGGUCUAUAUGUGCUUCACUUUCACAUCUUCAGGAGUGUCGACAAGAAGUUCUACAAGGCGCUGCUUGACAUCUGUAAAAAGGUUCCAGCUGUCACUCUGACUGCAAACAUCAUCUGGUUUCCCGACACUUUCCUCAUUGCUAAGGUCCCAGCCGCAGCCAAGCUGAUGGAUAAGAAGAGUCUGCAGGCGAUCAGAGCGCAAAGAGACACCUACCUGCAGCAAAGAGCUCAGACACUAACGAAGGAUGUGCAGUCCUACUACGUGUUUGUAACUUCCUGGAUGAUGAAGAUGGAGUCCAUCUUGUCCACGGAGCAUAAGGGCGACAAGUUGGCAGAAGACCUGAACAGCAGGUGUAAUGUGUUUGUACAGGGCAUCCUGUAUGCAUACAGCAUCGGCACCAUUAUCAAAACCACGAUGAACAUGUACAUGUCGAUGCAGCGGCCCAUGACCAAGACCUCUGUCAAAGCUCUGUGUCGACUCGUUGAAUUGCUCAAGGCUGUGGAGCACAUGUUUCACAGGCGGUCCAUGGUUGUAGCGGACUCCGUUUCUCACAUCACUCAGCAGCUGCAGUCGCAGGCCCUCAACGCCAUCGGUGUCGCCAGGAAAAGGGUGAUCUCUGACAAGAAGUACAGCGAGCAGAGGCUGGACGUGCUGUCGUCCUUGGUUCUGGCAGAAAAUGCCUUGAGUGGGCCGAGCACAAAGGAGCGACGACUGGUGGUGUCUCUGGCACUGUGUGUCGGCACUCAGCUGAAAACGUUCAAAGAUGAGGAGCUGCUUCCACUGCAGCUCGUGUUGAAGAAGCUGGAUCUGAUCAGUGAGCUGAGUGAGAGGGUCAAGCUGCAGUGUGACUGUAGUUUCCUCUACUGGCACCGAGCUGUGUUUCCCAUCUACCUAGACGACGUAUACGACUAUGCCGUGGACGCAGCACGAAUACACUACAUGUUUAGUGCACUGAGGGACAGCGUGCCCUCCAUGUUGUACGCCAAACACAUGGAGUCAUGUGACCAGCUACUGGAGAGCUACGACAAGGAGAUCAUGGACGUGUUCAACGAGCACCUGCUGGACAAGCUGUGUAAGGAGAUAGAGAAGGACCUGCGUCUCUCCGUCCACACCCAUCUGAAGCUGGACGACAGGAACCCGUUCAAAGUUGGCAUGAAGGACCUGGCCCACUUCUUCUCCCUCAAACCCAUCCGAUUCUUCAACCGCUUCAUCCUCAUCAAAGCCUAUGUGACCCACUACCUGGAUAAAACCUUCUACAACCUGACCACGGUCGCUCUCCAUGACUGGGCCACCUACAGUGAGAUGAGAAACCUCGCCACGCAGCGCUAUGGGCUCACGAUGACGGAGGCACACUUGCCCAGCCAGACCCUGGAGCAGGGUCUGGACGUUCUGGAGAUCAUGAGGAACAUUCACGUUUUUGUCUCGCGCUACCUUUAUAACCUCAACAACCAGAUCUUCGUAGAGAAGGCCAGUAACAACAAGCACCUGAACACCAUCAACAUCCGUCACAUCGCCAACUCCAUCCGGACCCACGGCACAGGCAUUAUGAACACCACGGUGAAUUUCACAUACCAGUUCCUGCGGAAGAAGUUUUACAUCUUCAGUCAAUUCAUGUACGACGAACACAUCAAGUCCAGACUCAUCAAGGACAUUCGCUUCUUCAGAGAAACAAAGGACCAGUCUGAUCAGAAGUAUCCAUUCGAGCGAGCGGAGAAGUUUAACCGCGGCAUCAGGAAGCUGGGCAUCACUCCCGACGGCCAGAGCUACCUGGACCAGUUCAGACAGCUCAUCAGCCAGAUUGGCAACGCCAUGGGCUAUGUGCGUAUGAUCCGCUCUGGAGGCCUCCACUGUUGCAGCAGUGCCAUCAGGUUUGUGCCCGACCUGGAGGAUAUAGUCAACUUUGAGGAGCUGGUGAAAGAGGAGGGACUGUCAGAGGAGACCCAGAAAGCUGCCAGUGUCCUAGAUUCAGUGUUGGGAGAUCUGACCAGCAACUCUGCCGAGGGCACGGAGUACUUCAAGAUGCUGGUGGCCGUGUUUGCGCCUGAGUUUCGCAGUGCCAAGAAUAUGCACCUGAGGAACUUCUACAUGAUCGUACCCCCACUGACGGUGAAUUUUGUGGAGCAUUCCAUCAGCUGCAAAGAGAAACUCAACAAAAAGAACAAAACUGGAGCUGCGUUCACAGAUGACGGCUUUGCUAUGGGUGUGGCGUACAUCCUGAAGCUGCUGGACCAGUACCUGGAAUUUGACUCCCUGCACUGGUUUCAGGCCGUCAGAGAUAAGUACAAGAAAGAGAUGAAGGCUGUGGUGAAGGAGCAGAGCGUCCAGAGUGCCAGCCAGGAUGAAAAGUUGCUGCAAACGAUGAACCUUACUCAGAAGAGGCUGGAUGGCUACCUUCAGGAGUUUGAGCUGCUCCACUUCUCGCUGAGCAGCGCGCGGAUCUUCUUCAGAGCAGACAAGACUGCAGCCGAGGAGACUCAGGAGAAGAAAGAGAAAGCAGGAGGUCCUCCAGAUGUCUCAACCCUCACUGAACCCAUCUCAAAGUGACCGUCGCUGUGAGAACAGCAGAUCAGUGUUCAUAACUCGAGGAAUGUAAAGUGAGGCUCGCUAGAAGAGAAGAUCUGAUAUCGUUUCUCUUUACAAUAAUGACAAAACAAUCAUCUUACGUUCGAGACUGAAUGUGUACUUAAAGUGCUGCUGCAGGAAGUGUCUUCUUUUGUUUCCAUUCUACAGAAACAUAACACCUCUUUAUAGUGUUUGCAACAUCUAAUAAAUUCAAUUUGAAUUUGUAGCAUUUAUGCAAGCGACGGCAAUUAGAAAGGGUCAGGUGGUGUAACAAGUGUAAUGUAAAAGUCAAUGCUUUCUUCCGCCACACUGCCUUUUAAUACUUGUAGUCCGGAUGGACUGGAGUGGUUUCUCUCCAGUAGAAGGCUCAGCUGUGCGUGUCCUCUGCUCCUCACAAACACAACCUGUGACCGACUUGAGUCUGUUUUGAUUUCAAUACUUUGCGACAUCUUUGUUUUUGUCUUAUUUCCUAAUUGUGAUUGAUUGUCCAUGGCCUUUAACGGCAGCACUUAGAAUUUUUUCAAUGAAUAAUCUUUUCAUGUUCAUGUGCCAUAUUUGUCAACUUCUAUUUUUUUUUUUUUAUCCAUUGUAUAAGUUGUGUAUGUGCCUUUCUAAACUGUUUCAACAACUUUAAUUAAUUUAGAAAUAAUCCUGAUCUGUAAGUGUAGCGUAGUACAAACGUGUCUUUAUUUAUCUGCAGCACUGAAGAUGUUACUUUUGUAUCUAUCAUGUGUUACAUGUGAAAAUCAGGCCAGAAUUUGGUCAAAAUGACAUCCCAUGAAUUGACUUGCUUGAAGAGAAAGUUCUGUAAAGUUUUUGAAGAAUAAUAAAUCUUGCACUUUCAACAGAA